AGCAACCUUCAAUAUUGAUCAGGUCAGUUCCGUGUUUACUUUCUCUUCACUAAGCGUGUUACUUACAAGUUCGCUGCGAGUGUACUGCUUUUUUCUUAACAGUACGUGUGCACAAUGAUUGCCUCAUCUUCCGACGAAGAAGAUGUUGAUGAGGCUGGUGAUGUAGACGAACAUACACAAGAAUUACUGAGCAUCUAUCAACGCGGCGAACAGACAUUCUCUACCACUUCAGCCCCUUCACCAAGCGUAAGUCCAUCUCUGCACACGCCGAGCCCUACGCUCUCCGUGGUGUCCGAGGCCACAUUACAGGAGCAACAAGAAGACGACGAAAGAAGGGAGAGGCUGCAGUUGUAUAUUUUCGUUCUGCGCUGUAUUGCUUAUCCUUUCAACGCCCGACAGCCGACAGAUAUGGCACGAAGGCAUGCUCGGGUUAGCAAACAAGACCUUGUAAAAAUAAAACAGCGAUUUGAAGAUUUCCUCAAAGGAGACACAAAAAUAGCUUCUGAUGAGGCGUUUUAUAACGCAGUAAGAGCCUACUUUGAUAUAUUUAUCUGCAGCGAAAGAGUGCAAAAGAUGGUAAUUAGUGGCGGGUGUUCGUCGAAUGAUUUUCGUGAGGUUUUCAAGACAAUGAUCGAGAAACGCGUACGAAGUCUUCCUGAAAUAGACGGUAUCAGCAAAGAAACUGUGCUAAGCUCUUGGAUGGCGAAGAACGAUGCGAUUUUUCGCGGAGAAGAUGACCCAAAAAAGGGCCCAAGAAUUGCAGCCUCGGCAGCUUCCGAACUGAUUUUGUCAAAAGAGCAACUCUAUGAAAUGUUUCAGACCAUCUUGGGCGUCAAAAAAUACGAACACCAAAUAUUGUUCAAUGCUUGUCAGCUUGACAGUGCCGAUGAACAAGCUGCAUGCAUUCGUCGAGAAUUGCACGGAAGAUGUAAAGCGAUUGUAGACCAGAGAAAGCGACUGCCAGGCUUUAUACACAAAGAUAUGGAAACUCUGUUUGUCGAGGAACAGCAGGCUGCUAUCAAUCAACUGAUGGGAAACUUGGAGAGUCAACCAGUGACAAAAGGUUCAUCAGACUCCAAGUACUCCAUGCCAUUUACCAGAAUCAAGGGACCCCAGCACACAAUCUCCAUUGUUGAAGUUGCUGUAGAUGAUGUGGAUUCAGCGGUAUCAAAGUCUGAUGUUAUGUUGAAUUUCACAAUUGAGGUGAUUGUGAAAGAGGCAAAAGGCCUGAAGUCUCUUCCACCAAUGAAAAUUGUUUACUGUACUAUGGAGCUGGGAAUCUCAAGGUGAUUUCACCACUUGUCAUCCUCGUCCCAUUGUAAAAGUCAAACUUUUCGCUGAGAAUACAGGAGUUCUAGCACUUGAUGACAAAGAGCUGGGAAAGGUUAUUAUAAAACCAAUUCCUGGUGGAUCAGAGCAGCCUGAACUGUAUGAUGUGGUGACACCCAAAGCUGGGGAUAAAAUUCAAUUGAAAAUUGCUGUGAAGAUGGAUAAACCUGUAAACUUGAAGAAAUGCGGGAUGAUAUAUGUUCAAGGGAAGACUGUGUGGAAAAAGUGGAAAAAGCGCUUUUUUGUGCUAGUACAGGUGAGUCAUUAUACAUUCGCCAUGUGCAGUUACCGCGAGAAGUCUGCAGAACCAACCGAGAUGAUGCAUUUGGAGGGGUACACUGUGGAUUACUGCGAAGCAGUCAGUGGCGAAGAACACAAAGGUGGAAAGUUCUUCUUCAAAGCCGUAAAGGAAGGUGAUCAAGUCUUUUUUGCCACAGACGAGGAACUCGAGAGACAAAUCUGGGUUAAUAAACUUUAUACUGCCACUGGCCAGUCCCACAAGCCGGUCGCUCCAAAUUUAUCUGCCAUCAGUGUCCAGCCACAUUCUAGCAACUCCUUGACAAGACUGCAAGGAGAUCAUGACCGUGCGAGAAAACAUGGCCUUGAGGACUUAAUCCAAGCCGAUCCGAACAAUUUUAACCAUCAUGUUUUGUUCGAGAAGCUUCAGCACCUGACUCUAACACACAGAUUGAACGACUCCUACUCUUGUCUGGGUUGGUUUUCCCCCGGUCAUGUAUUUGUGCUGGAUGAGUAUUGUGCUCGAUAUGGAGUACGUGGCUGCCAUGGACAACUGUGUUACCUCAGUGACUUGUUAGACAGAGCAGAGGCUGGCGUUAUGAUCGACCCAACCCUCUUGCAUUAUAGCUUUGCAUUUUGGGCAUCACAUGUGCAUGGGAACAGGCCGGAUGGCUUAGGAACCAUUACAGUGGACGAAAAAAACUGGUUCGAGGAGAUCAAGAUACGCCUAUGGAACCUUCUAGCCUUUCAAAUCACUCGUUUCAGAUAUUCUUUUCCUUUCGGGAGACCUGAAGGGGCGCUGAAAGCAACGCUGUCCUUAUUUGAAAGGGUUAUGAUGAAGGAUAUUUCCACACCAGUUCCACCAGAGGAAUUUAGAAAGGAAAUCAGAAGUUGCCUCCAUCAAGCCGCUCUUGUUAAUUAUACUCGUGUCUCGGCUUAUGCAAAGAUUGAAGAGUCGUCCGGAGAUCACGUACCACCUGAGACUAUACUGAACGACAUCAUGCAUCUGGCGGAACUGUGCAUAGAUUUGCUUCAUCAGAAUGAAGAACAUCAUUCUGAGGCAUUGGCUUGGGUGUCCGACUUGAUGGUAGAACAUCAGGAAAUGUUCUGGUCCUUGUUUACUGUUGAUAUGGAUGCUGCUCUGGCCGCUCAGCUGCCCGACACAUGGGAGAGUUUUCAGUUGUUUCAACUGCUAAAUGAAUAUCUGUGUGAUGAUACCAACCUCAAUCGUGGGAAAUUCCAUCGUCAUUUACGAGAUGUGUUCGCUCCUCUUGUCAUACGAUAUAUUGAUUUGAUGGAGUCGUCUAUUGCGCAGUCGCUGCACAAAGGAUUUCAAAAAGAGAAUUGGAUUCCCCUCAGAGAUGGGUGCCGUGCCUCUGAGGAUCUGUUCUGGAAGUUAACUGUACUGCAGCAAUUCAUAGCUGAACUAAACUGGCCUGAUGAGGUGCUAGCGUCUCAUCUUAUGAAGAGACUGAAGUUGAUGGCUUCAGAUAUGGUGCAGUCCUGUGUCAAGAGAACGAAGGCUGCGUUUGACAAAUGGCUGAAACAAACUAGCUUCAGCCUGGAACUGCUCGUACCUGGGACAGUGUGCGUCAUGCUUAAUGUCGUCAUACAGGCCAAGAAACAGUCCAGGUUCCUUUGUGCAAGGGAGGAGUCCGAGAGUUGCGAGUAUCGGUAUCACUCAGAUGUCAACAUUUUUCUCAAGGAUGUAAUUCAAGAGAUGUUUUCAUCGUUUAUUUCCAAGCUUAACACUGUGUUGGAGUAGUUGUUAUCAAAGGUGGCACGUUACGACCAAGGAUUCAUUGUAGCUCCGAUGUUUUCUCUGAGGAAUCCUGGUACAGAUCUUGAAGACUACUACUUGAAUUUCGUCAAACUUAAUUUAGAAGUAUUUAGAGAUUCUUUGAAAGAUGAGAAAAUGAAGAAGCAGCUAAUUAAGGACUGGUAUACGUCCAUAAUAACGAAGAUAUGCGACUGGCUAUCGGACAGAAUGAACAUGGCGUUACACCAGUAUCAGGUCCAGACACUCCUCACAAUUGCGGCGGAGCUCCCGCAGUUUGUAAACGAGGAUCUAUCGUCAAGCCGAGCCAUUUAUUCUCGAACUUACAAAACAAUGUUUUCUCGGCUCCGAAUGGAAGACGCCAUGUUAAAAGGUGAGAGCAUCUACGGCGCAGAAGAUCCAUCUUACGCCGGAGAAGACGGAGAAGACGACGGCCAGGAGACCGAGUCGAGUGACGAGGAAGCACUAAUUAGGUUAGAGACUGGAAACUAGUGUUUCGUUGGUACUGUUGAGGUACGCUUUCUUAUCAGAUAACCAAUGGUUAAUAAAGACAACUUGCGCUAUAGCAUUUAGCUAUGAUAAAUUAAAUUUAAUUUUAGUAAGUAUCACGUAAGAUGAUAGAUAGUUCAAAAACUUUGUCCAAGUAAAGUAUUGGUAAAUAGAUCAAGGGGGUAAGUUUCUAGGGAAACUAUGGUGCUGCGUCUGUGGGGGGUAAAGAAAAAAAUUUGGUUUUAUC